UACUUCAUGUGCAACUUGUUGUACACGCAAUCCCACUCUCGCAGACUUUUGUUUGUUCUUUUUACGCUGUUUCUUGAUAAGUUCCUGUUUAAGCAAGCGCACUUUCUCCGACUUCUCUUUGUUCCUGCAUACCUCUACCGCCUCUCAACAAUCGAAGCAAGCAGCGAAUGCAACCGUUGAUAAAGGCUUGGAAUCGACUCGCCCACGUUCUUCCUUGGGUGCUCAAAAGGAGUCUAGAAAUUUGAACCUUCUUCCGAAAAUGUUCACUGUUGGGGAAGAGCAGGCGAUAUUUCUUUGUUCUUGUGAAAUCCUAGAACGAGCUUGGGACGAGACACGCUGUAUUUCAAAUAAAAAUGUCGAUACUUAUUUUCAGCGGAAUGAGUACGAAGGUGUAGUAUUUAUAACAUUCCCUUCCUUUUAUAUUGGAGAUUUCACUGCCAGUGGUAGUCCAUAUGGUCAGUGCGAUAUCCAGAAUGAGAAUGAAGUUUUCUCUGACCGUCUCAAGGGUGAUGAUGAUCAACCGGCUCUUGUUCACAAAGGAGCUCUCAAUAUGUUCUUGAACAUUCUGAAAAAUUCAGACUUGGAAACCCAGGCAGUCCACUUUAAUCACCCAUACAUACACUGGAUGCUCUAACCAAUACAUAACUGCACAACACUUCUGAGAAAAUCUGCAUAACAAUUAAUGCCAUAUCUUUUCAAAUCUCCUCCAAAGACUCUUUCAAAAUCCAUUUUCAGAACUGGUCUUCAAUGCUGAUACGAAUAGGACAUAUCUAGGCAGAGUAGUUGAUUCACAACAACCUGGGGUGGGGGUAGUCGGGGUAGACUACAAUGAGAAAUUUGCAUCCAUGGCCCAUUUAGACACCGUGAGAACAAUAUUAGUCAUUCCAGCUCAAAACAAGUGGGCAAUAUAUCAAAUGGAUGUGAAAUCAACUUUCUUGAAUGUCAUCUUAGAAGAAGAGGUCUAUUGUGGAGCAGCCACCUGGGUAUGAGAUUUUGGGCCAUGAAAACAAGGUUUACAAGCUCAAGAAAGCACUAUAUGGACUCAAACAAGCCCCAAGAGCAUGGUAUAGUAGAAUUGAGAGUUAUCUUUUACAAAAUGACUUCAAUAGGUGUAGCAGUGAGCCUACAUUGUAUAUCAACAUGAAUAAGCAAGAUGAGAUCAUAAUUGUUUGUUUAUAUGUUGAUGACUUGAUAUUCACUAGUGAUCUAUCAAUUGUCAUGUUCAAAUCAGUGAUGAAAACAGAAUUUGAGGUGACUGAUUUCGGUUAAAUGAAGUACUUUCUUGACAUUGAAGUAAGUCAAAAUGAUUAAGAUGUUUUCAUUUCACAAUCUAAGUAUGCAAAUGAUAUUUUGAAAAUGUUCAAUAUGAUGAAUUGCAAAUCAGCCUCAACAUUAAUAGUGACAGGUUUGAAGUUGAGUAAAGAUGACAAAGGCGUUGAUGUAAAUCCAACUUUGUAUAAAAAACUUGUUGGAAGUCUUAUGUACUUAACAGCCACAAGGCAUGAUAUAAUGUUUGGAGUUAGUCUCAUUUCAAGGUUCAUGGAAUCUCCAAAAGUUUCACAUUGGCAAGCUAGAAAAAGAAUUUUAAAAUAUGUUAGUGGAACAAAGAACUAUGGAAUAUUCUACUCAAGAACAAAUAAAUUCAAGCUGAUAGGAUACACCGACAGUGAUUGUGCAAGUAUAGAUGAUAAGAAGAUCACUUCCGGUUAUGUUUUUCUUUUUGGAUCAGGUGUAGUAUCAUGGGCUUCAAAGAAACAACCAAUAGUUACUCUUUCAGCAACUGAAGCAGAGUAUGCAGCAGCUACAGGGACAUCGUGUCAAGCAGUAUGGAUGAGAAGAAUGCUAAAAGAAUUGAGGUAUGGACAAGAAGAGGCAACAAAGAUAUAUUGUGACAACAACUUAGCCAUAGCACUAUCUAAGAAUCCAGUCUUUCAUAAAAGGAGCAAGCAUAUAGACACAAUGUAUCAUUUCAUCAGAUAGUUGAUCAACAAUGGAGAAAUCAUUUUGAAGCAUUAUAGGUCAAAAGAUUAAUUU